CAGGUGAUAUAAGAAGGUGAAAGGCGCGGAACAUAGGGAAGGUAGAGAGGUAAGCGAGUGGCUCGAGUCGGUCAGGGAGAAGGUAGGAGAUAGAUUGGAAAGCGAGAGUGCGGGAGAGUAACUAGGGAGAGGCAGGUAGAGAGAGUGCGCAAGCGUGACAGGGAGAAGAUGAGUGUGAGAGGAGCAAGGGGGAAAAUAAUGAUGAGGGAUAGGAGUGUGAGUGUAGAUGAGAUGUGGAAAAGGAGGAGAGAAGAAGGAGGGGAGGGGGAGGAGGAAGUGUUCAGGACAUGUAAAAAAACAAUGAGGUCGCCGGAGAGAGGGAAAGGAGAAGGGGAGGGGAUUGAAAAUUUGAUAAGAGGAUUAAUGGAGGAGGUAAAAGAGAUGAAAAUAAAUGGAGAAAAGGCGAACAAAGAGUUGAAGGAAAAAAUAACGGAGAAAAUAAUAGAAGAAGGAAGGAGGCAAGAGCAGGCGUUGAGGAAGGAGGUGGAGGAUUUAAAGAGAGAGUUGAGGGAAAUGAGGGAGAGGGAGGAAAGUUGGAGGAAGGAAGGAGAGAGGUGGGAAGAAGGACUUAAAAAGGUGGAAGGAAGGGUAGAAAACAUGGAAAAGAGAUGGGAGGAGAAAGAAGGAGAAAAGAAGAGAAAGGUGGGGGAGGAAGGGAAGGUGGAAAGUAGAGUAAGGGAAUUGGAGAGAAAGUUGGAGAGGAGGGAAAGGGAAGAGAGGAAGAAGAAUGUAAUAGUUAAGGAGUUAAAAGUGGGAGAAGGGGGGAGGAGAGAGGCGGUGGAGAGAUUAAUGGCGGAGAUUGGAGCAAAGGUGGAGAUAGAGGAAAUGAGGGGGUUAGGAAGGAAUAUAGAAAGGGGAACGGAGACGCUGUGGGUGAAGUUAAAAAAGAAGAGCAGAAGAGGGAGGUGAUGAGAAGGAAGAGGGAGUUAAGGGGGAGAAAAGAAAUAAUUAGGGAAGACUUGACAUGGAGGGAGAGGAGAAUGGAGUGGAAAUUGGAAGAAAUAGCGAAAGAGGAAAGAAGAAAGGGAAAAAGAGUAUGGAGAGUGUACGGGAAGGUAAGAAUAGAAGAGGAAUGGUGGAUAUGGGAUGAGGAGAAUGAAGUAUUGAGAAAUGGGAAAGGAACGGCGAGGGA